AUGGCGACCACUAACACCUUUACUUUCGAGCCUUUGUAUGAGCCUCUUGAAGGGGUAGAGAGACUUGAAAAUUAUCGACCAGGAGGAUAUCAUCCCGUAAAGAUUGGCGAUCAGUUCAGAGGCCGUUACCGAAUAGUUCACAAACUAGGCUAUGGCUCUUAUUCUACAACGUGGCUUGCUCGCGAUGAACAAAAUAUGAGAUAUGUCGCAGUCAAGAUUUGCACUGCAGAUUCGAGCCCACAGGAAUUUGACAUUCUAUCAAUCCUUGCUGGCUCUCGACAUCCCUCCAUCAAAUGCCAGGGCGAAAAAAUGAUCCUUUCGGCUAUAGAUACAUUCAACAUUCAAGGCCCGAAUGGCAACCAUAGUUGCUACGUGACCAUUCCAGCAAGAGCUAGUCUGGCUGACGUAAAAGAUGGAUCCUGGAUCCGCUUGUUCCAGCCUAACGUGUGCCGAAUAUUGGCUGCGCAACUUGCCAUUGCUGUUGAGUAUAUAUAUACUCGGGGUUAUGUUCAUGGAGACCUUCAUCUAGGCAAUAUCCUUCUUAAGAUGCCACCAAACUUCGGUCAACUUUCAGUCGAAAGAUUAUAUGAAGAGUAUGGAGCACCAGAACUGGACCCAAUAAUCCAUUUAGAUGGAAAACCGCUUCCGCCUGGCGUCCCAUCUCAUGGCAUUGCGCCGAUAUGGCUUGGAAAAGCAAGUGAGGAGAUCUCUCCCGCGGAAGCCAGAAUUGUGCUCACAGAUUUCGGCGAAGCCUUUUCACCCUCACAAGACCAAAAGUAUGAAUCUCGGACUCCCCUGGUAAUUCGUCCUCCAGAGACACGGUUUGAACCCAGCAAACCUUUGUCUUUUCCAUCAGACAUCUGGACACUUGCAUGCUCUAUCUGGACUAUCAUUGCCCAGAGACCAUUAUUUGAAGGCUUUCUUGCUACGCAAGAUGAUAUGACUUGCGAACAUGUUGAUGCUCUUGGUAUCUUGCCAUCGAAAUGGUGGGAGAAAUGGGAAGCACGACAAUAUAAAUUCACCGUGGACGGUAUACCAAUAAACAGAAACCCCUUUCGAUCAUGGGAAACGCGCUUCGAAGAUAGUGUCCAGCAACCGAGGCGUGAUAGUAACAUGACACCAUUUGACGAGGAGGAAAGAGAUGCCAUUUUCUCGAUGCUACGAUCUAUGCUGUCGUUUAGACCUGAGGAUCGACCUACUGCCAAGCAGGUCCUUGAGUCCUCAUGGAUGGCGAAAUGGGCCCUGCCUCAGUAUCAAAAGAGUCAAGAAAUAUUCAAAGUAUAA